AUGACUGAAAAGAAAAUUAAAGAAAAAGUGAAAAAGCGGGAGCAUUAUGUACAUACGGGGGAAGUUCAAUCGAGGCUGGACAAGAUUGAGACGAAGUUUGAAGAAUUUGAAGAGGUUCAGGAGGAAAUUGCGGAACUGGAUGUGGAAGGCGCCUAUGAGGAGGACUGCACCAAGGCCUACGAGGAAUUUGAGAAGCUGUACUACCGUCUACGGGCAGCUUUGCUGGCGAAAUUACCAACGGAGACGCAUGGGGACUUGAACAACACGUCAGCACGGAAUGGACAGCCUAUAGGAGCACACACUGGAGUACGUCUACCGCAGAUUUCUCUACCGGAAUUUGACGGUGACUACAAGCAAUGGCUAUCGUUUAAAUCUACGUAUGUGUCGCUGAUUCACGAUUCCGGAGAGCUCAGCGACGUUCAAAAGUUCCACUAUCUAAAGUCAGCGCUCAAAGGGGAAGCUGCGAAACUUAUUAAAUCACUGACGCUCACCAAUGACAACUAUCUCAUCGCUUGGAGUACGAUUACGAAGCGGUAUUCCAACGAGUACCUGUUGAAGAAGAGGCAUCUUCAGGCGCUGAUGGAAUAUCCGAAGAUGGAGAAGGAGUCGUCUGCAGCUAUUCAUGCUCUGGUUGAUGAAUUCGAACAGCGGUUAAAAAUCUUAAAGCAAUUAGGAGAGAAGACCGACGACUGGGGUGCAAUGAUUGUUCACUGGAUGUGCUCCAAAUUGGACACAAAGACACUUCAACUUUGGGAAGACCACGCUGCGUCUACCAAGGAUCCGACGUUCACGAUGCUGGUGAAUUUCCUGGAGAAGAGGACAAGGGUUCUCGAAGCGGUUUCGUCGAACGUCGAAUUAAAGGGCUGUAUGCAGAAGAUGGAAGUGAAGCGUCAAAAGGUAAUCGUUCAUUCGGUUACCGAUGGGGAUAAAAGCUCUCUAGCCUGUUCUUGUUGUGGAGAGUCGCAUUUCUUAGGAAGAUGCGGCAAAUUUUUGAAAAUGACGCUGAAGGAGCGGCUGCAGUUCAUCAACAACAAGCGGCUUUGUAGCAAUUGCAUGAAGUCUGGACAUUGGGUACGGGAUUGCGCAUCAAAGUUCAGCUGCCGAGAUUGUGGAAAAAAGCAUAAUUCGUUGAUUCAUCCAGGAUUCCCGUUAAGCAGCAGUGGUUCUGGUACUAGUGAGAACCCCGUGGGUAAAUCGGAGAAGGCACGAAACGAAAAAACGGUUACAUCCAAUGUGGCGGCCAACGAUGUGGGAUCUGAAGACGAAGGCGAUCAAGGAGCGUGGUGCUGGUAA